CAAGUGAGCAGAUUUCUAACGUUGAAAUGUAUAAAACAAUAUGUUAGAAUUUACGUUCAACGUUUACUGCAUUGGUCAAAAAAAAGUUUUACACAGCUGACACUAACCUGUUUCGUGUACAAAUAGUGUACACAUACACACACACUUGUACCUGUGCAUACAUAGUUACAUACACUUAAUCGGGAGAUGCCGACUAAGGAAAGCACUGUGAGUCUGAAUCUGGAUAGGUCUACCGAAUCGGGUGGCCACCUAGCAGAGGAAAACGACACUGCAACUGACCUGAAAAUGGCGUCAGAAACAGAUUUAGAGGAGGGCAUGACGCGCAACGAAUCGAUGCGCAGUCGACAGCCGUCUAUGCACCAUAUAAAAGACGAGCGUAUGUCCACCAAAGUGGGGCAAGGUGUCAAGUUCAACAUCACGUUCGAAGAUCUGAGCUAUGGCGUGUACCUCCCUAAGCAGAAGGAGCCCAAAUGGUUGCUUAAGAAUGUGACCGGAGCAAUCAACCCAAAGCAAAUGACAGCUCUAAUGGGACCAUCAGGGGCCGGUAAAUCUACUCUACUAGAAGUCUUGGCUGGUAGGAAGCAAGAUGGAGAGAUAGAAGGAGAGUUGCUGUUUAACGGAAAAGAACGAACGAGAGCCAUGAAACGGUGGUUCGGCUUUGUCGAACAGCGCGAUAGUCUGAUUGCCACAAUGACGGUGCGAGAAACACUGAUGUAUACAGCACGGUUGCGCAUAAAAGCCAACGGCAUUUGGGAUAAAGAAGAUCAUGCGGAUCAAGUUGAGAGAGUGGAUGAGAUAUUGGACAUGCUGGGUCUGACUGCGUGUGCGGAUGUAGUGAUUGGUGAUGAGAACAACAGAGGGGUUUCCGGUGGCCAGGCAAAACGGGCCAAUGCGGCGAUGGAGUUGAUUACGUCACCGUCCAUUCUAUUUUUAGACGAGCCCACAUCUGGGUUGGAUUCUGCUACCUCAUUGGAUUUUAUCAGGUGUAUCAAAGACAUCGCAGCCAGGGGCGUGAGUGUCAUCUGUACCAUCCAUCAGCCCUCAGAAGAAGUAUACGGACUAUUCGACCGUUUAUUGCUGCUUGUUGCGGGUGAGGUUGUAUACCUGGGAAAAGCUAAUAUGGCGGUCUCCUACUUCCAGGAUUUGGGAUUUAAAAAAGCGCCGGGCCAGAAUCCGGCCGAUUUCUUAGUGUCGGUGACAUCAGGGCACAAACCAACGGACGGGGCUAAUGAGAGUAAAACAUGGCCGGAUGUUGAUCCCAAUUACUUUGCGCAAGAGUAUAUGAACUCACAAUUGGCAACUGACCGCAAAGAAUCCACUUUGGCGCAUCGGAGUGAUAUUUCUGGGCAAGUGGAUACGAAAGACAAGAAGGAACUAUAUGCGAAUGGGUUUGUCUACAACGUUGUUGUACUCAUCGAGCGUAACUGGUGCGCUAGUAAACGGGAUAAGUCAUUCUUUUUCAAGCGAGUAUUUAGCAUAGUCAUCGUAGCCACAGCCUUCAUGCUGGCUUAUCUAAUGCCUGGGUUUGAUGAUGCCGCAAUCCGUGGAAAACAGUCUGUAUUGAUGCUGUCCAUGAUUAUCUUCCUGUUCACGGCCAACGGCCAAGUGGACCCAACCGUCGAACGGCGUAACUACAUGGCACGAGAGGUGAAUGCUGGCAGCUACUCCGUCUCAGCUCACUUUUGGUCGACGGUUUUAUUUGAAGUGCCUUGGACCUUCUUCAAGGUACUGCUGUAUUCCCUGAUUGUGUAUUUUGCGGUCCAAUUGCAAUACACUUUCGUCAACUUCAUUUAUUACUUUUUGGUGCUCUUUAUCUUGGCGGAGAUUGGGCUGAAUCUCAUGUGGUUCUUCUCAUUCGUGGCGGCCACCGCUACUGAGGCGAGCAUGUACAUCAUCACCAUCCCAUUCUUGUUUAUACUGUACUCGGGCUUCUUCAUCCAGUAUCCGGACAUCCCUGUGUACUGGAUCUGGGCCUACUACAUAUCACAUGUCAACUAUUCAAUGGCCGGGCUGCUGCUCAAUGAAUUCAAAGGUAAAUUUUGA